AUGGACACUUCUAGUGAUGAAGGUCUUGCACCUAAUAGUAGGGACUCUGAUAACGGGCACCCUUUGUCAUCCGCAGACAGUGAGAUCAGCUUGAGUGGAUCCACAGGCAUUGGGGUGAAGAUCAGAGAGCCUCUAAAUGAUUACUUGGGCGAACUGUUCACCGAAAAUGUGACUGCCAAGAUCCUUCGGACCGCUCUGGAAGGGCUGACAGACAACGAGGCACCGAAGAACCCGCCGAUGGCUUACCCCGAGUUUGUACCUCAAGCUGGGCCUAAGGCUGGCAAAUAUGUCUUACGGGAGUCAUCCUUCUGGACCUGUGGAUUCUUCCCUGGCUGCAUAUAUUCCGUUCUCGAACGACUCACAAAAUAUCCUCAAGCUUCAGGCCUUGGUGAGAACGUUAGCACCGCACGUCACAUCCUCGAGGAACUCGGUUUGACCUGGUCUCAACCUAUACACUCAAUGGCAGCCCGUACCGACACGCAUGACAUGGCAUUUAUGGUGCAACCAUCUCUCCGGGCUCGGUGGGAGCUUUUUCAUGACAGAGAAGCACUGGAAUCUGUCAAAACGGCUGCGAAGAGUCUUCAUAGCCGUUAUAACACCCGAGUCGGCGCCAUCCGAUCUUGGGACGCGCUGACGCAACGAGGCAUCGAUAUCACAUCCAAGACCGAGGACUUCUUGGUGAUCAUAGAUUCUAUGUGUAAUCUAGAUCUUCUCUACUACGCGGCGGCACACACCGGUCAGGCUGCUCUUGCCGAUGCCGCGACCACACAUGCCUCAACCUUAAUAGGCACUCACCUACGACCGGAAAGAAAGGCAUUCCGUGAUGGCUAUGAUGGUAUGCUAUACAGUACUUUCCACGUUGUGAACUUCUCACCAGUGACUGGGGAAGUGAAAGAAAAGCGCACAGGACAGGGCUACAAUGCCGACUCGACCUGGGCCCGUGGACAAGCUUGGGGCAUUCUCGGCUAUGCACAGACAUUCCGGUGGACUGGGAAAAAGCAGUUCAUGGAAGCUGCCUGUGGACUAGCUGAAUAUUUCAUCUUGCGCAUGGAGACUUCCCCCUCUUGUGUGGAUGUUGAGUAUGGACAUGCGGACGGGACCACCCACAAGAAGGGCCGUUACGUACCACUCUGGGACUUUGAUGCGCCUGUGGAGGAGAACCACGCUCUUCGAGAUUCAUCCGCAGGGGUCAUUGCUGCCAAUGGAAUGUUGCUCUUGUCACAGACCCUGCGGGCGAGAGGAUCUCAUCGACUUAGUGGCAGAUACCUGGAUGCUGCCCUGGCCAUCAUCAGAGACACCAUCGACCUAUCAUUGUCACAAGAGAAGGCACGGGUCUCCUUUCGACAAGAAGAAGCUCGGUGUGAGAUAGAGGAUGUGCAGUCAGGCCUCACCUUUGACAGUCUCUUGAAGGAUGCGACUGCCAACGCCAAUGCCAACGACCAUGAUCGGUACUGGAAUCAUGGUCUUAUAUAUGCUGAUUACUAUCUCAUUGAAUUUGGAAACCAGCUGCUACGGAUGGGACUCUGCUAG